GCGAAGUACAACAAAUUGACAAAUAAUUUUAUAUUUUAUGACAUUUUAAUUACUGAAGUUUAAAAUGAUUGGAACAUGUAGAGAGAUGUGUCCAUCUUCUGAAAUCAGGCUGAGAGAAAGAGAAAACUUGCUCCAUAGGUUUGAGGUUGCUGAGGACCACACACGGCAGAGACCUAAAGCAGACUGGAACAAGUGUGUGAAGGAGUAUCGACGCCCCACUGUUGGUACCCGGGACCCCAGGCCUGAGGAAAUUCGGCCCCCAGAUGUGUUAGUAGAGACAUUGGACUACCUGGUACAUAGCAUAUCCUCACUGAACUGUCGAUGGAAUGACAUCUACGAUUUCAUGUUUGAUCGACUGCGGGCAAUAAGACAAGAAGUUGUUGUACAGCGUUGUGAAGACAAAACUGCCAUAGAGAUUCUGGAACACGCUGUACGCUUCCACAUAUUCUCAGAUUACAGAAUGUGUAUGGAGCCAGUCUCAGUAUUUGUGCCAAAAAUCAACUCACAACAUACACAAGAAUGCCUCAAAAGACUCCUCAAUCUCUACAAAUCAGUUGAAUGCAACCUGACAGGGGAGUUAACUUCAAUUGAUGGAACAAAAUCAAGGGACACAAUUCUUGCACACAGGGCUGAGUUUGAGGCAACUUAUAUCCUGUUUAAUCUCGGAGACGAGGACGCAUUAAGACAUUAUCUAAGUCUAGACAGAAGCCUCAGAAACAGCCCACCAUUGAAAGCAGCUUUUGACAUGAGCCAAGCCUUUUCCCAGAAGAACUGGGUGCGGGUGUUUCACAAGUUUGCAGGAGUAACGUCCCCUGUACACAUUUGUGCUGUGCACAGACAUUUUCCUGCCUUACACAGAAUGGCAUUGUCAAUGAUGAGUACUGCUUUCUCAAGCAAAAACCUGAAGUUCCCAAUCUCCAAACUGACAGAGUUACUGUUCUUGAAUACCCACAUGGAAACUCAAAAUCUCUGUGUACAGUAUGGUAUCAAGGUGCAGGGGGAAAACGUGCAGUUCCUCAAAGGAGACUUUAAGACUGAUGCAAAGAUUGAAAGAUGUCAGUCUGAUUUUAUCAACCAAAUUCUGAAAGCUAUGACUAUCCCGGAUAUUCUCAAAGGCAAGCAUUCAACUUCAACAGUGAUUAAUGCUGGAAACUCCACAAUUGGUCGUUCUCAUUUCGACCAAAAUGAACAUGUGACUGGGAAGGAGAGCAGUUGUCAAUUUACCCAAGAAAACAGAAGUCAUUUGGCUUUUCAAAGUAGGCAAUACAGUGGUAUCAAUAAAGGGACUGAAUUCAGCCAGUAUACACAAGGGAAAGCACUCAGUGAUUCUAGUGCAUUGAAAGGGACAGAACUGUAUGUGACACAAGAAGGGAGAGAACUGACCACAAGUGAGAAUAAAGGGAGACAAAUCUUGGGAGCUGUUCCAAAAGACAUGAAGGGCAGGUGCUCUCCCCUUGAUGAAUUUACCAGGGAGUUCAGUGAGAAAUGCUCUGCUUAAAAUGUGGUGUGUUUUUUUAAUUUAUUUUUCAGUUUUAACUGUGAUGGUUGCUUUAUUAUUAUUUUCUUUUUAACAGAAACAGAUAUUAAAAUUGUAUAUAAGCUUUUAGUCCUUUAAUUCUCUGUGUAUUAGUAUUUUAACAAUAUGUUUUUAAAAAUUAUUUAUAUAUACAUCAAUGUUCUGUAGAGAUAGUUGUUUAAUGCUGUAGGUCUGCUAAUUUAUUCAUGAUAAGAAAUGAUUUGUUUCUUAAGAAAUAGAUUGAUUAAUUAAAAUGGAUGAUUGUUGAUCAUGACCCAUAGAUUAAAUGUGCUCAUGACCUGGACAAACAGUUAUUGGUAUAAUGGUUAAUAUAGCGCAAUCAAUAAUUAUGACCCAAUGCCUUCCUAUAAUUGAAAAGGGAAUGGUGGUGCCUUCAUGAUAGGAGAACAUGAGCAUUAUUGAGUGAUUUAAUAUGUUUUUUUAUGUGAAAUAUUUUUAUACACUUGUAUAUUUGAAAAUCCUAAAAAUCUUGAUUUUUUAUGAUGCUAUUUAAAAAUAAAAGUUCCAAAAAAUAAUAUGAGCGUUUUAAGUAAAAAAAAAUAUACAAUGCAAAUAUAUAUUGAAAACUGAAGAUUUAAAUAAAAUAAGACAAUGAAAUAGUGCUGGUUACACAUGAUAACUUGUUAGGUUAAUGUUGGUGUUCGGGUGGCAUUGAGUGCCUCCAUUUUAGUUUACAUUUAUGUACGAUGUUAUUUGUUACAACAGUUCUUUGAGGUAAAGAUUUAUUUAUUAUAAAUGACCAUGGGUUUAUCAUGUGUCCAUGCUGAUGUCUAUACUGUUGUAGUUUUUCUUCAUUUAUUUCAUACCUGUUGGGGUAAGGGCUUAGGACACUGCAUGACUUAACCAUUAAACUUUGAAAACUAAACAAAUACACUAUGGUUUCUGAUUCCAUAUCACACAGUUUUCUAGAACGCAGUGACUAAUUUACUUACAGUGACUAAUUUACUUACGCAAAACUAUGCGUCAGUAAUUGACCCCUUAUUGUAGGAUUUAAAUGCUUUUGUAAAGAAAACUUUUUAAUACUAGUUUUCUAGCAAUGUGAGGUGAUGCAGACCCAUUGAUCAACCAACUGACAAAGCAAUCCAUAUUUAUUGAUCUGUCUUGACUUUAAACAGAAGGAGAGAAUUU